AUGAUCUUGCUGGAGAUCAACAAUAGAAUUAUAGAAGAAACUUUAUCAGUUAAAUAUAAAAAUGCACUGGCGCGUUUAAAGCCAGAGUCCAUAGAUGUGACCGUUGCAGAUUUUGAUGGGGUCCUUUUUCAUAUAUCCAAUGUCAAUGGAGAUAAAACCAAAGUUAGGGUUAGUAUAUCAUUGAAGUUUUACAAGCAAUUAGAAGAACAUGGAGCUGAUGAACUGCUCAAACGAGUGUAUGGACCACUUCUCACCGAGGCGGAGACAGGUUACAAUGUAUCAGUGUUACUGGACAUGGAAAAUAUUCCGGAAGACUGGGAAACAGUGGUAAAGAAGGUUGGUUUACUGAAAAGGAACUGCUUUGCAUCUGUGUUUGAGCGCUACUUCAGGCUGCAAGAGGAUGGUGAAGUUGGACACAAGAGGGCUGUCAUUAACUAUCGACAAGAUGAAACACUUUAUGUAGAAGCACAAGAAGAUCGGGUAACAGUCGUUUUUUCCACCGUGUUUCGACAUGAAGAUGAUAUGGUCAUUGGCAAAGUGUUUAUGCAGGAACUGAAGGAGGGAAGAAGAGCUUCACAUACUGCCCCACAGGUUCUAUUCUCCCAUAAAGAGCCCCCAUUAGAGCUUGUGGACACAGAUGCCAAAGUAGGGGAUAACAUCAGUUAUGUUACAUUUGUACUGUUCCCGCGACACACAUGCGAAGCUGCCCGUGACAACACUAUUGACCUGCUCCAUAUGUUCCGGGACUACUUGCACUAUCACAUUAAGUGCUCUAAGGUGUACGUGCAUUCACGCAUGCGCGCCAAGGCCGGUGAGCUGCUAAAGGUGCUGAAUCGUGCGCGCCCGCAAUCCACCACACGCCCCACCGAACGGAAAACGAUCACAGGGAGAACUUUUGUGAGGCGAGAUUGA